CGCGUGGCCCCGGUGCAGUACCCGGUGUAAUCUUCAGUGUUGCCAAGCAUGCCCGCCCCGCCCGAGCGCGUCGCCCACGUGGCCCCGCCAGACAGAAGACCGCCGGGAGCGGGGGGUGCUGGGAUGAGCCCCGCGCGCCCCGCGGUCUGCGCACAGGCCGGGGGCGGAGACUGAAGCAGAAGCAGGCGGGGGCUGCGCGCUCCCCAAGUUCCGGCGCGCACCCGCGCAGGGUCCGAGCCGAGGGGCGGCGCGCGCGAGCAUCACCCCACCGGCGGCGGCGCGCCGGGUCCCGGGGCGCAGCCCCGACGCUCAUUGGCCUGGGCGGCGCAGCCAAGCUGUCAGCCCAUGUGGCGUGGCCGCGCGGGGAUGGCUGCGGUUUAAAUAGCGCCGGCGCGGCCUAGAGGGAGCCAUAGAGACGCAGCGGCGCCCCCUCCGCUCCGCCUGCCGCGUUCCGCGCUCCGCGCUCCGCGCUCGCCGCCCGCCGCCCGCCGCAGCCGCCCGCCCCCAGUCCAGGGGGGCAGGGAACAGCACAGCCAAGCCUGGGCAGCACUGCCACUGCCCUCCCUGCAGGAGGAGCCAUGGAGGAAGUUGUGAUUGCCGGCAUGUCCGGGAAGCUGCCUGAAUCUGAGAACCUGGAGGAGUUCUGGGCUAACCUCAUCAAUGGUGUGGACAUGGUCACAGAUGAUGACCGGCGGUGGAAGGCGGGGCUCUAUGGGCUGCCCAGACGGGCUGGCAAGCUGAAGGACCUAUCCAAGUUCGACGCCUCCUUCUUUGGGGUACACCCCAAACAGGCUCACACAAUGGAUCCCCAGCUCCGGCUGCUCCUGGAGGUUGCCUAUGAGGCCAUCGUGGAUGGAGGCAUCAACCCGGCCUCGCUCCGAGGAACGCACACUGGCGUCUGGGUGGGUGUGAGUGGCUCCGAGGCUUCGGAGGCCCUGAGCCGAGAUCCUGAGACCCUCUUGGGCUACAGCAUGGUGGGCUGCCAGCGGGCAAUGAUGGCCAACCGGCUCUCUUUCUUCUUUGACUUCAAAGGGCCCAGCAUUGCCCUGGACACAGCCUGCUCCUCCAGCUUGCUGGCGCUACAGAAUGCUUACCAGGCCAUCCGCAGUGGGGAGUGCCCCGCUGCCCUCGUGGGCGGCAUCAACGUGCUUCUGAAGCCCAACACGUCUGUGCAGUUCAUGAAGCUGGGCAUGCUCAGCUCUGAGGGCACCUGCAAGUCUUUCGACAGCGCGGGGGAUGGGUAUUGCCGUGCAGAGGCCGUGGUGGCCGUCCUGCUGACCAAGAAGUCUCUGGCCCGGCGGGUGUAUGCCACUGUCCUGAAUGCUGGCACCAAUACAGACGGUUGCAAGGAACAAGGUGUGACCUUCCCCUCUGGGGAGGCCCAGGAGGUGCUCAUCCGCUCCCUGUACCAGCCGGGCGGUGUGGCCCCCGAGUCCCUGGAGUACAUUGAAGCCCAUGGUACAGGCACCAAGGUGGGCGACCCCCAGGAACUGAACGGCAUCGUCCGGGCCCUGUGUACCUCCCGCCAAGACCCUCUGUUAAUUGGGUCCACCAAGUCCAACAUGGGGCACCCCGAACCUGCAUCCGGGCUCGCGGCCUUAUCCAAAGUGCUGCUGUCCCUGGAGCAUGGGCUCUGGGCCCCCAACCUGCACUACCACAGCCCCAACCCUGAGAUCCCAGCCCUGAGUGAUGGGCGGCUGCAGGUGGUAGACCAGCCCCUGCCCAUCCGUGGUGGCAAUGUGGGCAUCAACUCCUUUGGCUUUGGAGGCUCCAAUGUGCACGUCAUUCUCCAACCCAACACACAGCCACCGCCUGCACCUGCCCCCCACGGCACCCUGCCCCGUCUGCUGCGGGCCAGUGGACGCACCGCAGAAGCCGUGCAGACCCUGCUGGAGCAGGGCCUGCGGCACAGCCAGGACUUGGCCUUCGUGAGCAUGCUCAAUGACAUUGCAGCCACCCCUGUGGCCGCCAUGCCCUUCAGGGGCUAUGCGGUGCUGAGUGUUGAGGACAGUGGCCAGGAAGUACAGCAGGUGUCCUCUGGCGAGCGCCCACUCUGGUUCAUCUGCUCCGGCAUGGGCACCCAGUGGCACGGGAUGGGGCUCAGCCUCAUGCGCCUGGGCGGCUUCCGCGACUCCAUCCUGCGCUCUGACGAGGCCUUGAAGCCGUUUGGAGUGAAGGUGUCCGGCCUGCUGCUGAGCACAGAUGAGAGCACCUUUGAUGACAUUGUGCAUGCCUUUGUGGGCCUCACGGCCAUCCAGAUUGCUCUCAUAGACCUGCUGACCUCUGUGGGCCUGAGACCUGAUGGCAUCAUUGGGCACUCCCUGGGGGAGGUGGCCUGUGGCUAUGCCGAUGGCUGUCUUUCCCAGGAGGAGGCUGUACUUGCAGCCUACUGGAGAGGCCAGUGCAUCAAGGAGGCCCACCUCCCUGCUGGCUCCAUGGCAGCUGUGGGCUUGACCUGGGAGGAGUGUAAACAGCGCUGCCCCCCUGGCAUCGUGCCUGCCUGCCACAACUCUGAAGACACAGUGACCAUCUCCGGACCUCAGGCCGCCAUGACUGAGUUCGUGGAGCAGCUAAAGCAGGAGGGUGUGUUUGCCAGGGAGGUGCGAACCGGGGGCAUCGCUUUUCACUCCUACUUCAUGGACGCCAUUGCCCCGACGCUACUGCAGGCUCUCAAAAAGGUGAUCCGGGAGCCGCGGCCUCGCUCAGCUCGCUGGUUCAGCACCUCCAUCCCUGAGGCUCAAUGGCAGGGCGAGCUGGCCCGCACGUCCUCAGCCGAGUACAACGUCAACAACUUGGUGAGCCCUGUGCUCUUCCAAGAGGCUUUGUGGCACAUCCCUGAGCAUGCAGUGGUGCUGGAGAUCGCGCCCCAUGCCCUGCUGCGGGCUGUCCUGAAGCGGGGUGUGAAGCCGAGCUGUACCAUCAUCCCGCUGAUGAAGAAAGACCAUAAGGACAACUUGGAGUUCUUCCUCACCAACCUUGGCAAGCUGCACCUCACAGGCAUCGAUGUCAACCCUAAUGCCUUGUUCCCGCCUGUGGAGUUCCCGGCUCCUCGAGGUACCCCUCUCAUCUCCCCCCAUAUCAAGUGGGACCACAGUCAGACCUGGGAUGUGCCAGCUUCAGAGGACUUCCCCAAUGGUUCCAGCUCCUCGUCUGCCACCGUCUACACCAUCGAUGCCAGCUCCGAGUCUCCUGACCACUACCUGGUGGACCACCGCAUCGAUGGCCGUGUCAUCUUCCCUGCCACUGGCUACCUUUGCCUGGUGUGGAGGACACUGGCUCGUGCCCUGGGUCUGGCCCUGGAGCAGACACCUGUAGUGUUUGAGGAUGUGACACUACACCAGGCCACCAUCCUGCCCAAGACAGGGACCAUGCUGCUGGAGGUGCGGCUGCUGGAGGCCUCCCACACCUUCGAGGUGUCUGAGAAUGGCAAUCUGAUAGUGAGCGGGCAAGUGUACCAGUGGGAGAGCCCCGAUCCUAAGUUCUUUGACCAUCCUGAAGACCUGAGCCCUGCCACGCCUACAUCCGCCUCCUUCUUGGCUCAGGCUGACAUAUACAAGGAGCUGCGGCUGCGUGGCUAUGACUAUGGCCUCCACUUCCAGGGUGUCCUUGAGGCCAGCCUCGAAGGUGACUCAGGCAAGCUGCUCUGGAAGAACAACUGGGUGAGCUUCCUGGACACGAUGCUGCAGAUGUCCAUCCUGGGCAUGAGCCAGCGCAGUCUGCGCCUGCCCACCCGCAUUGCUGCCAUUCACAUUGACCCUGCCGCCCAUCUGCAGAAGGUGUAUGCACUGCAGGGCACCCAAGUGGCCAACGUGGUGGUGAACCAUUGUCUGAGCAUGACGGUGGCUGGUGGUGCCCGCAUCUCACGGCUACACACGUCGGUGGCCCCACGGCGGCAGCAGGAGCAGAUGGUGCCCAUCCUGGAGAAGUUCUGUUUCACACCCCACGUGGAGGUCGGGUGCCUGUCUGAGAGCACCACCCUGCAGGAGGAACUGCAGCUAUGCAAGGGACUGAUACAGGCACUGCAGAGCAAGGCAGCACAGCAGGGGCUGAAGAUGGCAGUGCCUGGGCUGGAUGCAGCCCAGGCCCUCCGGGAGUCCCCACAGCAAGGGCUGCCCCAGCUGCUUGCGGCUGCCUGCCAGCUGCAACUCAAUGGGAACCUGCAGCUGGAGCUGGGACAGACACUGGCCCAGGAGAAAGUCUUGCUGUCGGAGGACCCCCUAGUCUGUGGGCUCCUCAACUCCCAGGCACUCAAGGCCUAUGUGGACACAGCCCUGGAGAACCUGCCCAGCCUCAAGAUAAAGGUGGUAGAGGUGCUGGCUGGCGAGGGUCACCUGUAUUCCCGCAUCCCGGCAUUGCUCAACACCCAGCCCAUGAUGCAGCUGGACUACACAGCCACUGACCGCUAUCUGGAGGCCACCCAGGCCAAGCUGCAGCAACAUGGCAUUGCCCAGAGCCAGUGGGACCCCAUGGACCCUGCCCCUAGCAGCCUGAGUGCAGCUGACCUCCUGGUGUGCAACUGUGCAUUGGCCACCCUGGGGGACCCAGCCUUGGCCCUAGCCAACAUGGUAGCUGCCCUCAAGGAGGGUGGCUUCCUGCUGCUGCACACCGUGCUCAGAGGGCACACCCUUGGGGAUACUCUGGCCUUUGUCACCUCCGAGCCACAGCACGGGCCCAGCCUCCUGACUCAGGAUGAGUGGGAGAAUCUGUUUUUGAGGACAUCGCUGCACCUUGUGGGCCUGAAGAAGUCGUUCUAUGGUUCUGUGCUCUUCCUGUGCCGCCGGCCUGCCCCACGGGAGAGCCCCAUCUUCCUGCCUGUGGAGGAUACCAGCUUCCGAUGGGUGGACUCUCUAAAGAACAUUCUGACUGAGUCGUCUUCUCAGCCUGUGUGGCUAACAGCAGUGGACUGCCCCACCUCAGGUGUGGUGGGCUUGGUGAACUGUCUCCGCAAAGAGCCUGGUGGGCACCGGAUUCGGUGCAUCCUGCUGUCCAACCUCAGCAGUGCCUCACACAUCCCCAAGAUGGAACCCAACUCUGCAGAGCUGCAGAAAGUGCUGGCAGACGACCUGGUGAUGAACAUAUAUCGCGAUGGAGCCUGGGGUGCCUUUCGCCACUUUCCCCUGGAGCAGGACAAGCCUGAGGAGCAGACCGCACACGCUUUCGUGAAUGUCCUCACCCGGGGAGACCUUGCCUCCAUCCGCUGGGUCUGCUCUCCUCUGAGACAUGCCCAACCCUCCAGCCCCAGGGAGCAGCUCUGCACUGUCUACUACGCCUCACUCAACUUCCGAGACAUCAUGCUAGCCACGGGCAAACUGUCCCCUGAUGCCAUCCCAGGGAAAUGGGCCACGCGGGACUGCAUGCUGGGCAUGGAGUUCUCAGGCCGUGACGCCCGGGGCCGGCGUGUGAUGGGUCUGGUGCCUGCUGAAGGCCUGGCCACCUCAGUCCUGCUGUCACCUGACUUCCUCUGGGAUGUGCCCUCCAGCUGGACCCUGGAGGAAGCAGCUUCUGUGCCUGUCGUCUACACCACCGCCUAUUAUGCACUGGUGGUGCGCGGACGGGUGCGGCACAGGGAGACGGUGCUCAUCCACUCAGGCUCGGGGGGUGUGGGCCAGGCCGCCAUCGCCAUUGCCCUCAGCCUUGGCUGCCGCGUCUUCACCACUGUGGGCUCUGCUGAGAAGCGGGCAUACCUCCAAGCCAGGUUCCCCCAGCUCGAGGACACCAGCUUUGCCAACUCCCGGGACACGUCGUUUGAGCAGCACGUGCUUCGGCACACGGGUGGCAAGGGCGUCGACCUGGUCCUCAACUCCCUCGCGGAAGAGAAGCUUCAGGCCAGUGUGAGGUGCCUGGCUCAGCAUGGCCGCUUCCUGGAGAUCGGGAAAUUUGACCUUUCUAACAACCAUCCACUGGGCAUGGCCAUCUUCCUGAAGAAUGUCACCUUCCAUGGGAUCCUGCUGGAUGCGCUCUUCGAGGAGGCCAGUGCUGACUGGCGGGAAGUGGCGGCACUGCUUCAGUCUGGCAUCCGUGACGGGGUGGUGCAGCCCCUCAAGUGCACUGUAUUCCCCAAGGCCCAGGUGGAGGAUGCCUUCCGCUACAUGGCCCAGGGGAAGCACAUCGGCAAAGUCCUCAUCCAGGUGCGUGAGGAGGAGCUGGAGGCCGUGCUGCCAGGGGCACAGCCCACCUUGAUGUCUGCCAUCUCCAAGACCUUCUGCCCCGCCCACAAGAGCUAUGUCAUCACUGGUGGCCUGGGCGGCUUUGGCCUUGAGCUGGCCCAGUGGCUCACGCUGCGGGGGGCCCAGAGGCUGGUGCUGACCUCUCGCUCAGGAAUCCGCACAGGCUACCAGGCCAAACAGGUCCAUGAGUGGAGGCGGCAGGGCUUGCAAGUGCUGGUAUCCACCAGUGAUGCCAGCUCACUGGAGGGGGCCCGAGCCCUCAUUGCUGAGGCAGCACAGCUCGGGCCUGUCGGCGGCAUCUUCAACCUGGCCAUGGUUUUGAGAGAUGCCAUGCUAGAGAACCAGAACCCAGAGCUCUUCCAGGAUGUCAACAAGCCCAAGUACAGUGGCACCCUGAACCUGGACAGGGUAACCCGGGAAGCCUGCCCCGAGCUGGACUACUUUGUGGCCUUCUCCUCAGUGAGCUGUGGACGCGGCAACGCCGGCCAGAGUAACUAUGGGUUUGCCAACUCCACCAUGGAGCGCAUAUGCGAGCAGCGUCGGCAUGAUGGCCUCCCAGGCCUCGCCGUGCAGUGGGGUGCCAUUGGUGACGUGGGCAUUGUUCUGGAGGCAAUGGGCACUAAUGACACAGUCAUCGGCGGCACAUUGCCACAGCGCAUCACCUCCUGCCUGGAAGUGCUGGACCUCUUCCUGAACCAGCCCCAUGCUGUCCUGAGCAGCUUCGUGCUGGCUGAGAAGACUGUGUCCCGUGGGGAUGGCGAAGGGCAGCAGGACCUGGUGAAGGCCGUGGCACACAUCCUGGGCAUCCGUGACCUGGCAGGUAUCAACCUGGACAGUUCACUGGCAGACCUGGGCCUGGAUUCGCUCAUGGGCGUGGAGGUACGCCAGACACUGGAGCGCGAGCAUGAUCUGGUGCUGUCCAUGCGUGAGGUGAGGCAGCUCACACUUCGGAAGCUACAGGAGCUGUCCUCCAAAACUGCUGGGGCCACCGAUCUGACGGACCCCAAAGCCCAGAACAGUCCAGCCUGGCAGCAGGCCCAGCUGAACCUGAGCUCCCUGCUGGUAAACCCUGAGGGUCCCACUCUGAUGCGGCUGAACUCUGUGCAGAGCUCUGAACGGCCACUGUUCCUAGUGCACCCAAUUGAGGGCUCUACUACCGUGUUUCACAGCCUGGCCGCCAAGCUCAGCAUGCCCACCUAUGGCCUACAGUGCACCCGAGCCGCACCGCUGGACAGCAUUCAGAGCCUGGCUGCCUACUACGUCGACUGCAUCAGGCAGGUGCAGCCCGAGGGGCCCUACCGCGUGGCUGGAUACUCCUAUGGUGCCUGCGUGGCUUUUGAGAUGUGCUCCCAGCUGCAGGCCCAGCAGGGCCCGACCCCCACCCACAACAGCCUCUUCCUGUUUGAUGGCUCACACGCCUAUGUGCUAGCCUACACCCAGAGCUACCGUGCUAAGAUGACAUCAGGCUGCGAGGCCGAGGCCGAGGCCGAGGCUAUAUGCUUCUUUGUGCAACAGUUCACUGACGUAGAGCACAGCAGGGUGCUAGAGACCCUGCUACCGCUGAAGGGCUUGGAAGAGCGUGUAGCUGCUGCUGUGGACUUCAUUACCAAGAGCCACCAGGGCCUGGACCCCCAAAAGCUGAGUUUUGCUGUCCUGUCCUUUUACCACAAGCUGCGUGCAGCUGAGCAGUACAUGCCUAAGUCCAAGUACCAUGGCAACGUGACGCUUCUGCGAGCCAAGACAGGUGGUGCCUAUGGCGAGAACCUGGGUGCUGACUACAACCUCUCCCAGGUGUGUGACGGAAAGGUAUCUGUGCAUGUAAUCGAGGGUGACCACCGCACGUUGCUGGAGGGCCAAGGCUUGGAGUCCAUUAUCAGUAUCAUCCACAGCUCCCUGGCUGAGCCACGUGUGAGUGUGCGGGAGGGCUAGACCCUGCCCGUCACCAGAGACGCUCCGAUCCCCACACCUGUGCACAGGGGCCAGGGAGGGUCCUGCCGGUGGGACCCAUGGCCCAGCACCGCCGCCUCCCUUGGCAGCUGCUAGAAGUAGGACCAUCACACGUGUCCCACCCACCUGCCACCUGCCAUGCUGGCACCAGGGGACCCCAGAGGCACUGACUCGGAGACACCCUUGUCUGUGAAGAGUCAGCAUGCCCUGCGGGAACCAAGCUGAGCCUUUUCUGCCAUGUGGGGCUUGCCACACUGGUUGGUUGGUUUUUCUCCAUUGAAAUUCUCAUAUUUAUUGCAUUGCUGGGAAGGACUCCCAGGGCUUGUUCUCCCUGUGAAGAUGGCAGAAGCCACUCAGGGUAGACUUCUGGGGAGCACCGUACCCAUUCUGUACGUCGCACACAGGUUGCUCUGGGCCUGCUGGCUGGAGCCCCUCUUUAGCCAGGCUCUGCUCCUGCCCACAGCAGGACAGGGCAGGAGAGGGCCAGUCUGGGGAACGAGGACCCCAGGAGGCACUGUAGCCAUGGGCCCCGGGCCCUCAGUCCCCAGCAUCCCGGCUGCACCCAUGAUGUAGGGCCAACCACUGACCCUGCGGACCGCACCGGGCAGCAAAUGUUUGUGUUCAUUUCCUAAGAAAUGACUCAGAAGUCUGCUUGGGUUUUGGAAUUUACUGUAACGGUCAGUGUAAAGAACCAUGUCUGCGUAAUGUUUUUAUUUCUACAACAACUUGGUAAAAAUGCUGCUCUUGAUGCCCUUGUCCACUCCCCACGAGUAAACCACAUGAGCGCUGGUCUCUGCCUUG